CACUGACGGGAGGAAGGACUCAGAGGCGAGUUCCCACCCUGAUGGGGUGGAUGCUGUUGCAAGAAAGGGGAGUGACCAGGCGCUGGGAUAGGAAGAGAACCACACUCUGGGGCCAGAGGGGGAGACCUGUUUCCUUCCCUUAUUUCCCUGCAUUUCCCUCUGUGCUCAUUGUCACAGGGACAUCGUCCUGAGCUGCACAGUUGGAGUGUGAGUGUGUCCCUGCUGAUCUGAGCUCUGAAGUCCACAGAGAACCACAUCUUCCUGAAGCGUCUCCAUGGCCCAGGUGGCACUGUCCAUGGCUGCUGAUGUGACAACCCUCUGACGGGGAGGAUCAGCCUCCAAGUGACCACCACCUGUGUAUCUGUCUGUCCAUUCUGCUGGCCCCGGGGCCUCCUCCAUCUGCUCAGCUGAGGCCACAGGGAGAAGAUGCUAUGACUCCCACCCUCAGGGUCCUGCUCUGCCUCGGGCUGAGUGUGGGCCUCAGGACCCCAGUGCAGGCAGGGCCCCUCCCCAAGCCCACCCUCCGGGCUGAGCCAGACCCUCUGAUCCCUCAGGGGAGCCCCGUGACCAUCACCUGUCAGGGGACCCCAGGGGCUGAGAAGUACCGUCUAGAUAAAGAGAGAAACCAAGCACCAUGGAAAACACAGAAUCCACAGGAGCCUGGGGACAAGGCCAGCUUCUCCAUCACACACAUGACACAGCAUUAUGCAGGGAUAUAUCGCUGUCUCUACCACAGCCCCGCUGGCAGGUCAGAGCCCAGUGACCCCCUGGAGCUGGUGGUGACAGGAUCCUACAACAAACCCAGGCUCUCAGCCCUGCCCAGCCCUGUGGUGACCUCAGGAGGUAACAUGACCCUCAGGUGUGGCUCAGGGCAGCAAUUUGGCAGGUACAUUCUGACUAAGGAAGGAGAUCACAGGCUCUCCUGGACCCUGGACUCACAGCCACAGCCCAGUGGGCAGUCCCAGGCCCUGUUCCCUGUGGGCCCCGUGACCCGCAGCACCAAGUGGAUUUUCAGAUGCUAUGGCUGCUACAGGAACAGCCCCCAGGUGUGCUCACACCCCAGUGAUGCCCUGGAGCUCCUGGUCUCAGGAGACGUCCCCAAACCCUCCAUCUGGGCUGACCCAGGCCCCAUCAUCACCAAGGGGAGCCCCGUGACCAUCUGGUGUCAGGGGUCUCUGCAGGCUAGUGCCUACGUUCUGUAUGAAGAGAGGGGCUCUAACCCCUUGGUAAUAAGGAUCCCACAGAACUCCAGCAACAAGGCCGGUUUCCUAAUUAAAGCCAUCACCAAGCCCCACGCAGGCCUGUACCAGUGUGCAUAUUACACCACUGGGGACAUACUCUCAGAACCAAGUGACCCCCUGCUCCUGGUGGUGACAGGAGUGGGCCAUGCACCCUCCCUCUCAGCCCAGCCAAGCCCUGUGGUGGCCUCAGGAGAGAAUGUGUCCCUCUCCUGUAGCUCUAACCUCACAUCGGGCCCUUUCCAUCUGCUGAAGGAGGGAGGGGCUGACCCACCCCGACACAUGGAAGCAGAACCCAGGGCCUAUGAUGGGAGAUGGAGGGCCAUCUUCCCUCUGGGCCCUGUGAGCCCCUCCCAUGGAGGGACCUACAGAUGUUAUGGUUCUUCCAGCGACUACCCCAACGCGUGGUCACAGCCCAGUGCCCCUCUGCACAUCGACAUCACAGGUGUGCACAGGGAGCCCGCCCUCUCGGCCCAGCCAGGCUCGCUGGUGCUGCCUGGACACAGCCUGACCCUCCAGUGCCACGCGGAGGCCGGCUUUGACACAUUCGCUCUGACCAAGGACGAGGGGCUCACACACCCCCAGCGCCUCCAUGGGCAGCACAGCCCCCACUUCCCCCUGGGCCACGUGAACCGCACCCACGGGGGCCGGUACAGAUGCUACAGUGGACACAGCCUCUCCUCUGUGUGGUCGGCCCCCAGCGCCCCCCUGGACAUCCUGGUGGCAGGAAUGUACAGGAAACCCUCCCUCUCAGCCCAGCCGGGACCCUCAGUGCCCAGGGGAGCGACCGUGACCCUGCAGUGUGGCUCUGAGAUCUGGUUUGACACCUUCCACCUGCACAGGGAGGGGUCACUGGACCCUCCCCAGCACCUUCGUCUGCAGAACACGUCUGCACCCUCUCAGGCCAACUUCACCCUCAGUCCUGUGACCUCAGGCCACCAGGGGACCUACAGGUGCUAUGGCUCAAACAGCACCUCCCCCUACCUGUUGUCACAGCCCAGUGACCCCCUGGAGCUGGUGGUCUCAGGUCUCGAAUGGAACCUGAUCAUCCUGAUCGGGGUCUCGGUGGCCCUCGUCCUGCUGCUCUCCCUCCUUCUCUUCCUCUUCCUCCGCUUCAGGCAUCAGAGCAAAGGCAGCACAUCGGCAGAUGCUGCCAUGAAGGACCCGCAGCCUGGGGAGAGCAUGGAGCUGGACCCUCAGCAGAACAGGCAGGAUGAAGACCCCCAGGGAGUGACAUAUGCGCAGGUGAACCACUCAACACCAAGACCCAGGCAGGGAAUGGCCACCUCUCCUUCCUCUAAAUCGGAGGAAUUGCUGGACACAAAGGGCAGACAAGCAGAAGAGGACAGACAGAUGGACAGUCAGGCUGCACCUGAUGCCCCCCAGGAUGUGACCUACGCCCAGCUGAACCUCUUGGCCCUUAGGCGGCAGACAAGUGCACCCCCAUCCUCCCCAUCAGAGGAGCCCCCAGAAGAGCCCAGCUUGUACGCUGCUCUAGCCACCCACUAGCCCAGGAAGGACCCAGACCCCACGCUCCAGGGAGGGGGCCUGCAGGGACCCUAGAAGGUAUGGGAACUUAACCCAGGGACACUCAGCUAAUGACCUCAGCCAGCCUGGAGACCAAAUGUGCUCUCCGCAGCUCCUGGGACCCUCUGGAAGUCACUUGGUUCUAUAAGCAAUAUGCCUACAUUUUGGAAUCAAAGCAAGACUUCUCAAUAAUCAAUGUGUGGAUUUAGAACAAAACAGAAGUGAGAGAAUGCUUUAAAUAAAUGAAAAUGUAAAUAUCAUACAUCAAACCUAUGAAAUGGAACAUAGAAACAACGUAAAUGUCCUUGAACUGAUAAUGGGAUAAAGAUGUGGUUACUAUACAAACAGGAUAUUUCUCGACCCUAAAACAUCAAAUACUGCCAUUUGCCACAACAUGGGUGGAUCUGCAGAGUAUCAUGCUAAGUGAACAAAGCAGAAAGAAAAGGACAAGAAUGGUAUGAUUUCACUCAUGUGGGUGAAAUAUGAACCUGAACUGUCAUGUAUGUUAAAUACAUUGAAUCUAUAAUUAAAAACUUUCCUGCAGCUCUAACUUGUUUGGCUCAGUGGAUAGAGCAUAUGCCUGCAGACUGAAGGUUCCUGGGUUCGAUUCCAGUCCAGGGCACGUGCCUGGGUUGUGGGCGUGAUCUCGAGUGGGAAGCCUGCAGCAGGCAGUUGAUCAGUGAUUCUCUCUCAUCAUUGAUUUCUCUCUCUC